UUUGUGUACAGUGUAUCUGUAUUUCCUGCUUUCUCCUGCGUGCUUGCGUUAGGCAUUGUGUAUUGUUCCCAGACUAUCAUUUGUCUGGCUGCUUAGAGUUACUGUGUGUUUGCCGACAGGAUUUGUCUGACUGUCUGUGGAGUAUCCUAAGGAUAUACAUAGUGUGGAUCCAUGGGUCUAUUCAGUCCACGAGUAAGACAAUCGGAAUUAUGUUGUCUGGAACGGACAAGCAGCAGAAUGACUACAAGAGAGUCGCACCUAAAGUUUUGGAAGAAUCUUUGUCAAGCGAGAAAUUGGAACAUCUGACAUCUGUUGAACUGAAACUGAAACUCUGUGACGUGCUGCUGACAGACAGUUUAACCUAGUGAAGGGAAUGUAUCUGCUGAUUUCCUCCAAAGUUUGGACAUUUUGGCCUUAAUUCAAAUAGAGCUCGGACGAGAUCGGGAGGAAACCCGAACCGGGAUUCGAACUCGCUCCGCUCACGCGCAAACGGGUGUGUCUGAACUCUUAUCAUGAGGUCGCAAGCGCUGACUUUCCAGUGUAUUUUCAGAGUAAUUUCCGAUCUGAUACUUUUUAAACUUCCGUCUUUCGUCAUAGAUAUAGUGCAAUCCUCUGGCACUGACUGAACACGUAGUCAAUAUACGCAACAAACAACUUCAACAUUAUAUUUUAAUAAAUGGCUCUUAAAAGCGAUCAGAAGAUGUCAGGCAUAAAAGGCUCAUGGCUGUGCCGUUUGGUUGUAGUAGUGACAUUGGCAUGUGUCAUCUCUAUGAGCAUCAUGUUUUACAGUUUCUCGCCUUCUAACUGUCCACUACCAUUUCCUAAACCCAAACAAAACUGUGCAAAGAGCAACAUCCCUCUUUCUGAUAAAGCAGAGGAGAAACCUAUACUUCUCUUAUGGACCUGGCCUGAAAAUUAUAGGUUUGCUUUCAACGACUGCAAAAAGUUUUACAAUAUUGAUAAUUGUCAAUUGACGGAUGAUAGAGCUCUCUACAACGAUGCAGAUAACGUCAUCGUUUAUCAUAGAAACAUCGAAUGGGAUCUCUCCAACCUUCCUCCAUCCCCUCGUCCUCCGUUCCAAAGGUGGCUUUGGUUGCAUUUGGAAUCACCAACCAACACCAAAAGGAUUCCAGGUCUGGAAAACCUGUUCAAUCUCACGCUCAGCUACAGACAGGAUGCUGAUAUUCCUGUACGGAUGCGCUUGAUGACCAGGAAGAAACCUAAUGAGGAUUUCAUCAUUCCCAAAAAGGAUAAACUGGUGUGUUGGAUUGUGAGUAACGAUGAUCCCUCAACAGGUGUUGAAACAAGGAACGUUUUUUACAGGGAACUCCGCAAAUACAUCAAAGUGACUUUGUUCGGAAAGGCUUAUUCAAGGUUUCUGAGUUACGACGACUACUAUCCAACCCUGGCCUCCUGCAAGUUUUACCUUGCCUUUGAGAACUCCAUCCACAAAGACUACAUCACUGAGAAGAUCAACGGGCCGCUCGCGGCGGGGACCGUCCCUGUGGUGUUGGGUCCUCCGAGAAGAAACUAUGAGAACUUUGUUCCCGCCGAGUCCUUCAUUCAUGUCAAUGACUUCCCAGACGCAAAGUCACUAGCCAAAUAUCUGCUUUAUCUGGACAAGGAUGAAGAUGCAUAUCGCAAGUACUUUAACUGGAGGAAACAUCUCACUCCAAGUCCUCAUUUAAUAUUACAGACACAAGAGUUUAUUCUGGCUAUUUGCACUGCGUGUGACUAUACCGCACGACACAGACAAUAUAAAGAAGCUCACGAUCUCUAUGAGUGGUACUUCAAUUGAUGUUGCCUCAGGUUUUGGUGACAAAUAUUUUUAAAUAAUUAAUUAAUCUUUUCAUCUGCAAAUUCCUUUUAAAUCACCUUUAUAUCAUAAUCAGGAAAAAAAACAACAGUUAUAAGUUAAUAGGUUAUUCCUAAUGUCUGUAAUUGUUGUUUGCUGGUUUCUUUUUUAAAUACAAAUGUCCUCAUGUGCAGUUUGUUAGCUACAUUAUUUCUGUUUGUAAUUACAGUUUGGUUAUGU